AUGUCACUCACCACCACGGCCACGACAACAGCAACCGCCUCUGCCUCCGCCCCGGCUGUUGUCGAGGCCAUCUUCCGGUACGAAGAGCCUGACCGAUCCGUGCCGGCCUCGGAGCGGAGUCUGUUCUCCUCGCCAGCGCCUCACAACCUGCGGGAGGAGAAAUUGCCGCUCCACGAUUACCGGUCUUCCACGACGCUGGCCAAGGGCGCCGAGGGUCUGCACAAGCACGGCUUCACGGUCGUCGAGCACCACGUCGACCCCAGCGCGUGGGCCACCGAGAGGGACGUCCUUGACACAUACAUCCCCGUGGUGCAAGACCUGGUCAAGAGCGUGACGGGCUGCAAGACGGCCAUCGUCAACAAUGUCGCCUUCCGUCGCAAGCUGGCCAACAAAUAUGACGCCAACAAGAUGUUUUUCCACCCCCGCGAUGGGGAAUUGGAUAAAGUGAUCGGCGCGCUCCCAUCGGACCGUCCCAUGGUUUCUCCGCAAGAGGCGGACAAAUCCCUAGAGCCCGCGCGGGCCAUGCACGUCGACUACACGCUCAAGGGACUCCGCGACACGAUCAAACACUGUCGCGCCGAUAUGGUCGAAGCGGGCGCCGAGGCGAUCAGGGCGCACGAGGCUGGGGAGAGUCGAGGUCCGCGCGUGGCCGCGUACAGCGUGUGGAGGCCGCUCAAGACAGUCAAGAGAGACCCCAUCGCCGUGCUGGAUUGGAAGUCUCCGGGCAACAUCCAGGACGACCUUCAUGCCUUUGACUACCGUGCCAAGGGCUAUCAGGGAGAGUAUCUGCUGGAGGCGUACACCAUCUCGCGACCGACAAACCUCGACGACCACAAAUGGUACUAUGUCUCGGAGCAGAAGCCGCACGAGGUGAUGAUGAUCAAGUUUGCCGACACGGACAGCGUGCAUGAUAAGGAUAUUGCUGCCGCUGGGGGUCACGGCAGUCCUUUCGUCGUGGGCACGGAGGAUGAGGAGCCCAGAGAGAGUAUUGAAGCGAGGGUGAUAGCAUUCUGGUAG